AUGGCCGCGAGUUCUUUCUCCAUGACCAUUACAAACUUCAAAAUUCACUUUAUCUUAUUCUUAUGCUUUAGUGGGAUAGUCUCAGCUCAGUUGUCCUCUGAUUUUUACUCCACAACGUGUCCAAAUGUGCUUUCAACCAUUAAGACAGCAAUAGACUCUGCUGUGAACAAUGAGGCUCGCAUGGGGGCAUCUUUGCUCCGUCUCCAUUUCCAUGAUUGCUUUGUUCAAGGAUGCGAUGGAUCAGUACUAUUGGACGAUACAUCGACUUUCACAGGUGAGAAGACAGCGUUUCCCAAUGCUAAUUCGCUCAGAGGUUUUGACGUAAUAGACACCAUAAAGUCUCAAGUUGAGAGCUUAUGCCCCGGUGUUGUCUCUUGUGCUGAUAUCGUCGCUGUAGCAGCAAGAGACUCAGUCGUUGCUCUUGGUGGACCUAGUUGGACAGUGCAAUUAGGCAGAAGAGACUCAACCACAGCAAGUUUAAGUUCUGCAAACUCAGACUUGCCAGCUCCAACUUUGGAUCUAAGUGACCUUAUCACUGCUUUCUCUAACAAAGGUUUCACAGCUAAAGAAAUGGUUGCUCUAUCAGGAUCUCACACAAUUGGCCAAGCUAGCUGUCGAAACUUCAGAACAAGGAUUUACAAUGAGACCAACAUAGAUUCCACCUUUGCAAAAUCAUUGCAGGCAAAUUGUCCUAGCACAGGUGGUGAUAGCAAUUUGUCCCCUCUUGAUGUCACAAGUGAAAACAACUUUGACAAUGCAUACUUCAAGAACUUGCAGAGCCAAAAGGGACUCUUCCACUCAGACCAACAACUCUUUAAUGGAGGAUCCACAGAUUCUCAAGUGAAUGCUUAUAGCAGCGACUCUGCAACUUUUAUGACUGACUUUGCCAACGCAAUGGUUAAAAUGGGAAACCUUAGCCCACUCACUGGCUCUAGUGGCCAGAUUAGAACCAACUGCAAGAAGAUCAACUGA